AUGAGCGAAUCCAGCGCCAAAUCCAGCCAGCCCCUGGCCUCCAAGGGGGAGAAGGACGUGUCGGAGAAGAGGGGCCGGGGGCGACCCAGGAAGAAGCCGCAG